UCAGUGUUCUCACUUGGACUUCAUUUUAUCAUCCUUCUCAGUUAAAACCUCUGUAUAAAGAGCUGCUCUACACCAUAACUCACAGGCUGGGAAAAACAUCUAUCAAGGAGCAGUUUGACGAUCUUCAGCUCCAACGCUACAUAAUGGAGGCCUUGAACAUGACAGAGGAUGAACACAAGAGCCUUUUAGACAGUGUACGAGCGAUGCAGCAUCCAGCUUACUGUCUGAUGGUCACUGUGAAGCAAGCUAAAGACGUUUUGGGAAAAGACAUCAGUGGUCUCAGUGACCCUUACUGUCUGCUGACCAUCAUACACAAGAAGGAGGAGAGCAAAAAGAGCUCACAGGCAAAGUCCUCGAAAGUUGUGCUGAAGGACAAAAUGCCAUCAAAGAACAUGUACCAAACAGAUGUCAAAACGCAGACGCUGAACCCCAUCUGGAAUCAAACAUUCGUAAUGGAACUGGAUCACCCUGAAGAUGCAAGUUUAUACUUGGAGAUGUUUGAUAAGGAUGAGGAGAUCACCCUAGGACAAAAGCUGGAGGAGAUAAGAUCCAACUUUCAUGGAAUUAAGAGAAUGAUCAAAGACGCAAAGAAGGAGAAAGGCCAAGAUGAUUUCCUGGGAAACAUCGUGCUGAAGCUGAAGGAUCUGCAUUGCACAGAGGACUGCUGGUAUGUUCUUGAGCCACGGACUGAGACCUACCCUAACAGAGGAAAAUGUCACCUGCAGCUGAAGUUCAUCCACAGGGAGAGGGCCAACGCGCUGACCACCGGUCGCAGUGCGUACAUGAACUACUCUGGCAUCUUGCAGCAGUUUGUACAUUCCCACAUCUCAAAGCAGCAGCAGAGCAGUGGGCCUUGGAAAGGGGAACUGUGUGGACAGGGCCAGACUCUGCUAGAGCUCUUCGCCACGCAGAAUGACCUUUCCCCCUUCCUGCAAGAUCUGGCGAAGUGGGUAGCUUACAGCAAACUGUAUCAGAGUCUAGAGGUGGAUCCCACAGUAUUGUUUAAGCAGCUUACCAGCAUCGAAUACCACUGGGAUCAGCAGGAGUUGCCAUAUCAACAGAAACAGGAACUUGGAGACUCUCUGCAUGGCUUCCUGCAAUACGGUCUGUGUCUGGUUUCCAAGUACAGAGACAUCAUCCCCCCGACCCCCAAAGAUACCCCUCGUCUUCAGACCUUGCUCAGAGUUCUAGUUCAGAUUUGCAAGACGAGGGCCUUUCAGAAGUUGAAUCCUGCUCAUUUUGACCUGCAUGAGGAAGUCAUCGAUGCUGUGCAGGUGGGCACACAGGAAUGGUUCAACAUUAAGAAGGGUCUUCACCAGCCUAUGACAAAAGAAAUAUCGGAAACAGUGAAUGCUCUGUCCAGCCUGAUUGAAGAAGUGCGAGAAGACAUACGGCUCAGCAAGGACGUGUGGAACAAGGUCUUUGUCAGUGCUGUGCAGCUGGACCUGUUCACUGUGGUUUAUCAGGAGCUGGACUCCCUGUUGGCGACUGAGGUGCGGGUCACCAUGGGCCAAGUGGACACGCACAUGGACCAGGCUCUGGCCAAUAGCUUGUUCCCAGUCUACCUCAACCUCAAAGCCAUCCACAAGGACAAGGCCUUUCUACAAAAGAGGACCAAACUGCUGGAGCUGACAGACUUCCAGGAGUGUUUCCGUGAUGCUCUGCCCUUCUGGCUGAACAAGGCUUAUAAUACAACCCUGGAGAGGGUUCAGAGGGCAGUACAACUAGAUAUGCUGCAGCCCCUGCAGACAGGCAUGGUGCCUGUGAAGCACAGCUCAUCUGCGGUGGACCUGGCUGCCUGCCUGCAGCCCAUCUGCCAGCUGUGGGAACAUCUGGGCUGGCCCGACCCCGAGGAGGGCUUCAUGCUCAUGGUCAAACUGACUGAGGACAUUUGUAAGAUUGCGGUGACAUACUGUCAUCUGAUAAAGCAGAGGGUGAAAGAGCUCUCUGCGAAUUCUGACCCUGGAACAGCUGUCAAUAUGUUGUGCGUGGUAGUGAACGACCUGGAGUACCUGUGCACAGUGUUGACCCGUCUGCCCCAGCAGCUGAACUGGGGCGGGCUACGCGAGCGCACGGACCACGUCAUCAAGGAGAUGCAGUUCAACAACACCCUGCCAUCUCAGCUGCAGCACACCCAGAGUGUUCUGACCCGGGAGAUCCGCUUGGCUCUGGAGACACUAGGGAAGCAGCUGCGUUCAGACAUAGAGAAGCAUGUGUUGAGCAUGGCGACCCGGCGCAAGUUCUCCUGCACGUCCACGGAAGAUGCUGUACGCCCUCUGAUGGGGUAUCUGGAAAAUGAGCUGAAAUUUAUGAAUGAGAAUUUGGUGCAAGAGAGCUUCAACAGCCUUUUGGCUCCACUAUGGACUAACUCUGUACAGAUCCUGGACCAAGUGUCCCGGCAGAAGAGUGGAGUGACAGAGUUCUACCAGAGAUUACACUACACCCUGCAGUCUCUAGAGCAGUGUUUUCAUGCCGAAGGGAACGGUCUGUCCCUGGAUACACUGCAUUCCGAUCAGUUUAAGAGUCUGAAAGCACAUCUAGGGCUGAACUCCCUGAACACCUGUCAGCUGAUUGAUAAGUUCAUGGAGAAGAAGGUGCGGGAGCAGAAGGACUACAGUGGUGAGAAAUAUGGAGCGGUUACCCUGAUUAGCUCUUACAAGAGAUCAGACCAGAAGCUGCACAUCGAGGUGCUUAACGCUGUUAACCUCAUUCCCAUGGACUCCAAUGGUUUUAGCGACCCAUUUGUACAGCUCUCCCUGGAACCACGGCACGUUUUCCCUGAGGUGGAGCAUCGCCGCACACAAAUCAAGAACCGUGAACUCAACCCACUCUUUGAAGAGGCUUUUGAAUUCCUGGUCUCACUGGAGCAGUGCAACGCCGCAGGGGCCUCUCUGCUGUUAACAGUGCUAGAUCACGACACCAUUGGCAGCGAUGACUUCGAGGGAGAGGCUUUCCUAUCCCUGAGGGCAAUACCAGGGGUGAGCGGCACAGCCUCUCAGGCCCCCACACAAAUAAGACUGCCCCUCAUGCACCCAAAACCAAACGAGGAUAACAUCCUGAAGCUGCUGGAGGCUAGGAAGGCAGACCGUGAUGCACAGGCCUUCGUCAAACUGCGCCGACAGAAGGAGAAGUUAUCCCUGGAAGUGGAACAAACGUAGAGGGUGGAACCCAGUCGGAGAGCUGUUAGAAAAAGCCUGUUAGCAUCAUCUUUGUUUUCUCCAUGUUAUUGUUUUUACCUCUUAUCAAGCAGGCGUGAAGUUAGACAACAGUCCCUGCCUGUGAUUCUGUGAUGCAGUACAAACGCUGCCACCCAUACCACAAGUCGCAUCUUCCUGAGGAUUACAGUGUCGAUUACCACUGAAAAGCAGCCCAUCACCUUCCCCAGUUUUAGAACAGGAAGCCUCAAUCACAAGCCUGCUGGUACCUUGGACGUUUCACACAUCUUGUCUUUUUAAAGUGCAGAGAACCAGUCAUGAUACAAAUGCCAGUGAUUGUAAAACAAAGCAGAGCAUGUUAAUCCAAAAAUAUAAAAAUUUAUUUUUCUAUACAAAAACAAAAAGACAUGAUGAGACACUGCUGUCCAGUUUUCUAGGGCAGAUGGCGAUGACCGUCCCCACAGUGUGACCCAGAGGUCCAGCAGUGGGUGGCUAGUAGGUCCCAUCUGUCACCUUGCACCAUGACAAGCAUGCGACUAGUUUUCUUGAGUGUUCAGUUAUGUAGAGGAAGAUUCAUAGAUCAUUGAUCAAUAUUCCACACCUUUAGAUACUGAAUAUUGACUGGAAUAUAAAAAAAAUUAGUACGUAUACAAUAUCCAGAAGGUAGGGGAGGAAAGAAAUACUGAAUGCCAUGCCCGUUUGUAUCGGCAAACAGAUGUCGUUUUGUAAUGGAAAAAUAUAAUAAAAAGCUAAAUAAAUGAUUGAAUAUGC